CCAAAACAAAAAUGAUGGCCGACUUGACAGACGUGUCCACAACAAACUAUGAUAAUUCAGCAGAUAUCAAUCUUCACCUUGGAGAGUUGGAUUUUACUUCAGACUUCCUGUUUGAUGAAGUAGAUGUUCAUAUACAGGAAAAUUUGGAAGAUGAUAUUGUAAAGGAAGCUUUAAAAAAGGGUGUUGACUUGCGUCAGUAUUCAAAAGAAAUAGAAAGGGAUCUGCUGAAAGUAGAAAAUGAAUCUGUGCAAGAUUAUAUUAAAGAAAGUAAAAAUAUUGCCAGCUUACACAAACAGAUAGCAGCAUGUGACACCAUUCUUGAGAGAAUGGAGCAGAUGUUAAAUGGAUUCCAGGGAGAUUUGAGCAGUAUAAGCACUGAAAUUCAAUCCCUCCAGAAUCAGUCAAUCGCCAUGAAUGUCAAGUUGAAAAAUAGACAGGCAAUACGUGGUGAAUUGAGUCAGUAUGUUGAUGAAAUGGUUAUUCCUGAGAAUAUGAUUAAGUCGAUCCUUGAAAGUCCCGUGACAGAGGAUGACUUUAAAGAACAGCUUCAUGAGCUGAACCACAAGAUUAACUUUGUGAAAGAGCAAUCCUUCAGGGAUGCUAGGGCUUGUGUUGAUGUUAAAGAUAUUUUAGAAAAGCUGAAGAUAAAGGCUAUAGCAAAGAUUCGUGAGUUUUUGCUUCAGAAAAUUUAUGCAUUCAGGAAGCCUAUGACAAAUUACCAAAUUCCACAGAAUACAUUACUCAAAUUUAGAAUCUUUAAUGAAUUUUUAAUGGCCAAUGAAAGACAUGUUGCCAAGGAAGUGCGGGAUGAGUAUGUGGACACCAUGAGCAAGCUUUACUAUUCUUAUUUCAAAGGCUACUCUAGUCGACUGACCAAGUUGCAGUUUGAGGAGGCAGCUGCUCGAGAUGACUUGAUGGGGGUAGAAGAUACAGCUAAAAAAGAUAUCCUUUUCACUCAUUUCUUCUCAUCCAAGCCAACAAUGAAAAACAGGUCAACUGUUUUUACAUUGGGCAAUAGAGGGGAUAUCCUGACAACUGAGCUGGAAGGUCCUGUCAUUGUGCCACAUGCAGCUGCCAAGAAUGACACUCGAUACUCGUUUGAAAGCAUAUUCCGCAGUCUUCACUUUGCCUUGAUGGACAACAGCUGCAGGGAGUACUUGUUCCUGUCUGACUUCUUCAUGGUGUCUGGUGGUGGGGCACAGAACUUGUUUGACAACAUCUUGGGCAAAACACUGACUAUGUUCACGAAAAUGAUGGAGGAAAACAUUCAAGACUGUUAUGACUCCAUUGGGAUUUUCCUGUCAUCUCACAUCAUCUUCAGAUAUCAGAGUAUUAUGGCCAAGAGAAAUAUACCAGCACUGGACAGAUACUGGGACUCCAUCUUAAACUAUCUGUGGCCAAGGUUUGAACAUAUUGUAUCUAUGAACAUCCAGAGUGUUCGGGAGUGUGAGCCUAGCAAAUUGGGCCAUAUUGAUAACAGGCCACAUUACAUAACAAGGAGAUUUGCAGAAUUUUCUGCUGCCAUCGUGGGCAUAAAUGCCUCCUACCCUAAUGAUCGAGUAAAUCGGGUCUUGGGGCAGCUCCAGGCAGAGGUUGAAAACUUUAUUUUAAAGAUGGCUGCAGAGUUUCAAACACGUAAAGAGCAACUCAUUUUUCUCAUCAACAACUAUGACAUGAUGCUGAGUGUCCUUGUUGAAAGGACAACAGACGACUCCAAGGAAGCAGAGAUGUAUCGUGACCUUCUGGCUGCACGUACUCAAGAGUUUGUUGAAGAAAUUUUGGCGCCACAUUUUGGUGGUCUAAUUACCUUCGUCAAAGAUUGUGAAGUGUACUUAGAAAGGGGAAAUGGGGACAAAUUACAGGCAGAAGAGAAGAGAGUGCAACAGAUAGUAAGGGGAUUCAACAAUGAUUGGAAGAGAGCACUUGAAAGUAUCAAUCAGGAAGUGAUGAGAGCAUUUACAAACUUUAAGAAUGGAACACAGAUCCUUCAGGGCGCUUUGACAUUAUUGAUCCAGUACUACCACAGAUUCCAGAAAAUUCUGGCUCAACCAGCAUUCCGUAACCUACAGAUCAAACAUGAACUCAUCAACAUCCACCAUGUGAUGGUUGAAGUAAAGAAGUACAAACCCACAUUCUAGCAUUUGUAAGGUGAUUGAACAGUUGUGUCAUAUUCAUUAUGAAAUAACCUCAUUUGAUUAUUUAUCAAUGUAUAUAUAUAUCUUGAAUUCUUAUUGGUGAGUCAAUAAUUGGUUUAUUUCAACCUGUUAAUAACAAAGAAUUAUGUUUUAAAUAAAGCAACAAAUUAUUUCUUUCUUCCUGAUUUUUUUUAAAUGUACCCAACACUUGGCAGUAGUCUCAAUUUUUAUUAAGCUUAAGCUAGUAGCUAUUAUUUUCAAAGAAGUGUAUAUUGGUAUUUCAAUAUAACUUCCAAUUGUCCUAUUUCCUUUAAAAUAUUAUCCUAGCCUUAAAGAGUAAAAAUAUUUUUAAAAUAGUCAUUAUUUUGUAGUUUUGUAAAAUAUUUUUAUAGAACUUUCAGAUAAAUUUAAUUUGUAAUGAUCAAACAAUGUAUAUUGUAGCAUAACAUUUCAAUGUGUGGUUUAUAAUUUUAUGUGCAAUAGUUGUAAUAGAAAGACAACAUUUGCUCCUCAAAAUUCAUUCCAUUUGUAUAUCUUGUCAUUUUAGUUAUAGUAACCUUAAAAAUUUUAAGUGUGCAAUCUUUAAAUAUCUAAAACAAAUGCAAUCAUUAGGAUUUUAAAAUUCUCAACAAGUUGCUUGAGGUUGCCUGGUCAUGCUGAAGCUGUAACAUGUGUUAAUGAAUUCUAAAGUAUGUAAAUAUUAUGACUUUGGUAGUAGAGAAGAUAAGUAAUAAUCGAGAAAAUUCUUCAAGUGUUUUAUUGAAUUUGGUCUGUUUUCAAGUGUGACCUGUUAGAUAUUAUUCAAAUGUUUUUUGUAAUUUGACUGAAUGGAUGAAUGUUUUGGUGAAUUUCAUCUGUCUUCAAGUGGGACCUGUUACAUUAGAAAUUAUUCAAAUGUUUUUGUAAUUUGACUGAAUGGAUGAAUGUUUUGGUGAACUUCGUCUGUCUUCAAGUGGGACCUGUUACAUUAGAAAUUAUUCAAAUGUUUUUUGUAUUUUGUCUGAAUGGAUGAACGUUUUGGUGAAUUUUGACUGAUUAAUUUUGUCUGUCUGUGAUAUU